GCUUUGAUGUAUACUUUAAGAUAACAUUCUCGGACUAUGUUCCGGAAUUUUCGAUCAACGCUGUGUAUCCCAUAAUGCCUUCCUUUACCAUGAACUUUUGUCCGAAUUACGUUCGCUUCCUUGUAACGUGUGACCUCCUAACUUCGGAAGCAUAUCGUCAAAUGAUACGGAGUGAAAGAGCACUCUACAAAAUCCAAUUUUUUCCCCGACACAGUCCCCCUUCACGGCGAUAACUUGAAUUGGGAAACCAAUCCGAUUUAAAUUGAUUGGAAAUUCACAAUCACGCCGUGAACUUUGAUUUUCGCUUUGAAUAACAAUGUCGUCUCGGCAUUAUUGAGUGGGCUAUCAUUUUGAAGUGUUUGCUGAAUUGGUUUCAGGUUCUUUGUUAAUACCGCACGCAAAACCCCUCAUAAAUUUCCAUUACUCAUUCAAUUUAAUGCCGCUUUUUUCUUAGAGAUAAAUUUUUCAUAACCAACUAUGCCAUUGAAUUGACACUACGGUAUUGCACAAUAGAUAACACAUAAACUCAGACUCGAGGAAAGGCACAAAAUGUCAAUCACCAAUUUUUUUAUACCCUACCAGUAGAUAUAAUAGCACUAUGUCAUUUAUUAUUUAACACGUGCAGUAAUUAGGGUAUAACAAAAGGUCGUCUGGUAUUGCGUGAUUUAGUACUGCUGACGUCAUUGUCGUCAUCGAGUCACAAUGGGCCAUAGUCGCAGCGCCUACGGGUCACAAUGAACCAUCAUCGCAUCGCCCAUCGGUAGUACAAUGGUCCGUAUGAUAAGCGCCACUCCACGCUCGCUAUUAACAACGUCAUUAGCAGUCCCAUUUCAACUGAAAUUCAAUGGAGCAACUAUUGUGGAGUCAAUGGCAAUUCUUCAAUAUUUGGAAGAUACGCGACCGGAUCCAACACUGACACCUAAAACUCCUUUACUAAGAGCUAGGAUGACGGAAAUAUGCGAGACUAUAGUAUCGGGGAUCCAACCGCUACAAAACAUAGGACUAAGAAGUCACUUCGAUAGCAAGGAGAAGUUCCAGUCCUUCGCAAAGUACUGGACGGAGCGAGGUCUUAGGACAGUCGAGGAUCAGCUACAAUCGACCGCUGGCAAGUACUGUGUUAGAGAUCAGCUGACUAUGGCCGACCUGUGUCUUGUGCCGCAAGUCUAUAAUGGUGUGAACAGGUACGCUAUAGAAUUGAACAAAUACCCGAUACUUCACAAAAUCUACAAAAGUCUGUUAGAGGAAGAUAUUUUCAAGAAAACUCAUCCAGAUGUUGUAAAAUCUGAAAUAGUAAUAGAAAAAUAAAUAAUAAUAU